AUGCAUUCUACUUUCACACCUCACAGAGUGGAAGCUAAACUCAGAGAAAAAAGAAGUCAGUUCUUCUUUUUUAAGCAUGGUCCUGAAAUCAUCUCAGAACAUAAACAAUUGAACUUAGAAAAUCUUUUAAAAGUCCAUCUGGCACCUUCUAGAUCAAGAUUUUCUGGGCUCAGGAGAAAGGGUAAAGAUGAGAAGGCACAGAAAGGAUAUAAAGAGAGAGGGUGGUGGUGCCAGAAUCUGAGCAGCCAACUUGGAAGGUCACCUCAGACAGGACUGGAGUCAGCAUCUGAGGCCUGCCUGGUCUCCACUCCCGCCAGGACUGCCCUUUCAGCCAGCUUGGCAUGUGCAGCCUGCCCAGCAGGAGUUUUGCCUGACUGUGCCCUAAUCUUUUACUUUCCCAAGUUUCUCAAUGUGGGUAUCUCCCCUUUUAAAAGCUUCAGACACCAGAGGAGCCGCUCAGCCCAGAUGAGAGUGACACGCACCAACUCCAACUCCUCACCAGGAAAGCUUCAUCCCAGCUCCUCGGAAUGCGUGGUCCCGGCGGCGUCUGGCCUCCCCGCAGCGGGUAUCGAACUGGCCUCCCAGAACUCCCGCUUCUCCUCCCUCCGGCAGCCCGGCUCUGGGGGGCUGCGGGCCAGGCCCGGCGUGACCCCUGGUGAACAGCGGCUGCCUUUCCCACCCCUCCCCUCCCAUCCUCCCUUCCCGUUUCACCCCGCCCCUUCCCUCCUCCCCAAGCCUGACAGCCCGCGAGCUGCCAAGCAGGGCGCAGCCAUGGGAAGAGGAGGCGUCGUAAAAAGUUUUGCUAGUCUGAUUCUGUUUGACAUCAUCAGCCGGGCUGGGGCAGGAACCGCGGAGGCUGCCGCUGCUGAGCCGGGAGAGGUCCCAGGCGGAGUGUCUGGGAGAGACGGGGAGGUCCGGCUGAGCGCGUCGGCUCCGCGCUCUCCUCCCCAAAGCGCGGCCUUUUGCGUGUUUGUUCGGGCUGUAGCUGCGCAUCGGCACCAGCGGAUCUGGGAACCUGAGGGCUGGAAGUGGAGGUUUCUAGAGCUCUCAGGAGAACUGCACGGGCGUGCGUUUGAGGGGUCUUUCGGAGAUGUGUACAUGUGCGGGUACCGAAUCUCGGAACUGGCGUGUUGGAGCUGUGAAUUUGAGAUUUCCAGGGUGCUGCUGUCCACUGCAGUUUAG